UGAGAGCGCUCUAGCUAGACUUAGUCUCCGAUCUCCGUAGGGUUGUUGUAGUCUAGCUAGUGUUGUGGUGGACACGAGGUGGAGAGCACGUGCCGAGACUGCUCUAGGCCUAUUUGUUGAUUUAAAUAGAUUUCUUUGUUCUAUCUAAAGAACUGCUUUACCACGCGAGUAAAAUGUCGUCCAAUAAAAGAUGGAAGUGGGAUAGUGAAAAGACAAUGUUAUUAAUACAACAAUAUGGAAGGUUCCCAGAACUGUGGAAUGUGUCGUUGAUGGAGUACCGCAAUAAAGAAAAGAAGGCAAAUGCUGUAAAAGAAAUAGCAAAGAUAUUAAAUAUUCCAGAAUCAGAAAUCACACGAAAGUGGCACAAUUUGCGCUGCCAAAUGAACAGCGAAAUUAGAAAAUUAAAAAAGAAGAAAAGGAGCAUCGGGGCUGAUGAUGUGGUUUUGAAAAGUACAUGGGAAUUCUUCGACACUCUCCACUUCAUGAUUGGAUGUAAUAAACCGCAAGGAAGCACCAGUGCUAAUAUGGCUCUGUCUUUCUCACAAAACGUAGUUAAGGAAGAGUUCACACAACCUUCAGAGCAAUGUCAGGACUUUGUCACACCAUCUACUUCUGGUAUAGAACACGACAAAAAGAAAUGUAGUGGUAAAAAUAAAAAAGUUGAACAUUUGGAAGAACAGGCUGCAUUGAAAAAAGCAAUCGAUGUAUUGAAUAAACCACAAGACGACUACUCAGUGUUUGGAGACUAUGUUGCUUCGGAAUUACGCCAAUUACGUUCCGAUGAAAAUAGGAAAAUACUGAAACGCACCAUUAUGAAAGCUAUCAUUGAAAUGGGAGAAAAGGAAGACCUCGAAUAUUCAUCAUCUACAUCGACCCCUAUUCCCCCAUGUUCAUCUCCUGAAUCUUAUAGUAAUUAUGACGCUAAUGUAGGCCAUGGAACAACUACCUAAAGUAGUGACAGUAAUAUCGGGUUGCAAUGCUAUUUUACCGACUUACAAUUAUUUCUUACCUUAAGAUAAUCUUCUUUCAGAACUUCGUAUAGUGCCUUACAACCCUCGGGGAUUAUUUUCGAAAUAAUUGUUACUGGUAUGCGGAACGUGUACAUCAGUGAGUGGUAACUGUCCCCUGAAAGAAAUAUUACAGGUCUGAUAAAUUCAUGUUUGG